AUGUCAAACGUUUUUUUUUGUAAAAUUUCAGCAUUACCAAAGCCUCCACCACCAAUAGUUGGUAAAGUGACACAUUUCAGUGUAGAAUUGUAUUGGGAAGAAGCUUUAAGUGAAGCAUUAGCAACAUUACCUAAAAUAGAUGGCAAGAUCAAAAGUUGUUUACAAGAACAAGAUAAACAUAAUGUAUGGGGAAACAUAUAUACGGGUUAUGGUAAACGUCAUACAAUAACUGGACUUGAACCCUUAACAACUUAUAGAUUUAGAUUAAGAUUUAUAAAUGAUAAAGGUACAGGUGAUUGGAGUCAGCAUGUUGUUGUAGCUACUACUAAAGAACCAUUAAAUGGUGAACAUCUGCAUAGAGCUAUAUUAUUACAUGAUGUUCCUGGUUUACAGAAAAUAAUAGAUACAGGUGAAGUUGACAUAAAUGUACCAGAUAAAUUUGGUUUUACUGGAUUGAUGCAAUCUGUACAAAAAGGUUUUGUAGAUAUUGCUGAAGUUUUAAUAGAAUAUGGUGCUGAUGUUCAUGCUAGAAAUGAUGCUGGUAAAACACCAUUGAUGUUGGCCUGUUUUGCUGGUAAAAUAGAAGCUGUACAGCUAUUAAGGUCACAUGAUGCUAGAUAUACAGAUUUUGAUAAAGGUGGAUCAACUCCUAUACAUUGGGCUGUUGAUGGAGGCAAUGUCAAAUUAUUAGAAUGGAUUGUAGCAGACGGUGGUGAUAUCAAUAUCAAGGACAAUAACUGUGGUUGGACUCCAUUAUUACGAUGUGCAUCUGUAGGGGGAAAUCGUGAAACUGGUUUAACAUUGUUAAUGAAUGGAGCUGAUAUCAAUGCCCAAGAUAAAGAUGGAAAGACAACAUUAAUGAUUUCAAUAUUAAAUGGAAAUAUUGCGUUAUUAGAAUUAUUAUUACAAAGAAGAGCUGAUAUAGGUGUUAAGAAUGAGUAUGGUAAAACAGCUUAUGAAAUGGCUCAGUCUAUGGAUAAAAGGGUAAGUUAUAUAUGUCUUAUUAAUAGCUAG